UGAGAGGGGAGUGUGCUAGGGUCUUCACGUGCUAACAUUACACGGGACUAACCGGUCAGUGCUGAGGGAGUUUGGCCAGUAGACCAUAACUCACAAUACCAAAAAAUAAAACAACAAUCACAUAACCAAAGAAAAAUCCUCAAGAUAGUGACGUAAGAAUUUCCCUUUCUCCCAGCUUUCAGAAAGGAGAGAAAAUACGAACUCCUUUCUCUUACGUUCUGAACAGCGAGAGAGGGAGCGAAAGGGAGUGCAAUAAAAAAAAAAAAAAAAAGGAAUUAAAAAUCAUCGUCAUAUAAAAAAAAAGAUAAUAAAAAUCCCACUCUAAAUCAGUGGAUUAGAUAUAUAAACUUUCGAAAUUAAAGAGUUGAUUGUGACUCUCUUUUGCAAUGAGGCUGUGAGGGAUUUCCUUUUUCAUGGGCUUUUCCUCAUUACUAGUGAGAUACGGUGCCCAGGGUAGACUGAGAAGUGGCGAGGAUCCGAUAGAUGAAGGAAGAAGGUAGACACACGAGGAAGAACGGACACAAGGAAGAGAAGGACGUACACUUUGGCUCAAAGGAAGGCGAUCAAAG